UCCCGGCCCCCCUUAUAGCCCGGCCCGGCCCGGCCGUGCUGUCUGUCCGCCGGGGGUGCCGGCCGGGCCGCCAUGGCGGCGGAGCGGGGCCUCCUCCCGGCCCUGCUGCUGGCGCUGCUGGCGGGCGGCGGGCAGCAGCCGGGCGCCGCCGACUACUGCAGCUGGAGGGGCAGUGGUUUGAGCUGGGAGCCCCGUUCCCGUGCGGUGGAGCAGGUCCACCUGCGCUGCACUGAGGGCUCCCUGGAAUGGAUGUACCCAGUACGAGCCCUGCGUGUCGUUCUGGAGCCCAUCCUGUCCAGUGCCCAGCACACCACCGUCUGCAUCAAGCCAGCCAGCGACUACCAGGGUGCUAGCAUCUACGUGGAACGUGCUGGACAGCUGCAUCUGGUGGUAAGCGAGGCUGGAGGGGCUCGACCCCACCACGUGUCUUGCUUCAGUGCCCACACACCGCAACGAGUGGCCCUCUUCCUGCAGGCCAGCCCGCAGAGGGACAUCAGCCGCCGGACGGCCAGCUUCCAGUAUGAGCUGCUGAGCAACCAGAGUGCUGCUGGCCCUGACUUCAAAAAGAUGGCACUGGUCAAGGCUAUGUGCCGUCCUUGUGACAAUGUGGAACUUCUUAUGGCUAUUUGCAGCAGUGAUUUUGUGGUGAAAGGAUCUAUCCGAAAUGUUUCCCACGAUUCUGAGAACCACAUGUCACAGGUUGAUGUCAACGUCCAGAAAGUCUACAGACAGAAAAACAGAAUUUUCCAGCAAGAUGAAGCAAGUGGUGAAUGGCGAGGCCCUAUACGAACCCUGCUACAGUGCAAGGUGAAGAAGGGAGCUGGAGAUUUUCUUUUCACUGGAAAUGAACAUUUUGGCGAAGCCUGGUUGGGCUGUGCUCCUCGGUUUAAAGAUUUCAGUUUCAUUUACCAUGCUGCCAGAGAAAGAAGAGCCAACCCAUGCGAGUUUCAGCUCAAUUGACAGGAGUAACACAGGACAUGAGAGUUGAAAAAGUUCAGCCCUGUUUUUGGAUACUGAAUCUGAAGCAGCAUUAAAAUCAAGGGCUAAAGCUAACAAUUUCAGCAAAACAGGAGCCUGGAGAAUUUCUUGGAGAUAAUGGCUCUGUGAGCCCUGUAAACUCUGACCGCUAAUCCAUAAAUUGGGUUGCAUUACUUUCUCCCUCUUCAAAUCUUAUUUGCCUCAAAAAAUAACUGUGAAUUUUGAAAAGGUUAUCUUUGUUUUGUAGUUAGAAGGCAGCUAGUGCUCGGUAUUAUGAUAUUCUCUCUCUAUCUUUACUCUGGGCACUUACUAUGUGCUUUUUCUCUAUUUUUUUUUUCCUCUCUUCACCCAUCUCCAGUUGAUUUCCCUUCCAUUUGAUUCCUAUUUAUCUUCUUACCUAUUAGAUCAUUUCUGGGCAUCUCACCACUUCAUCAUUUCCACGUUCCUAUGUUUAUAGCUAAAACCAUAGUUAGCAUUUGCUACUAAACCUUCAAACAAUUGGUAGGUUUGCCAUUUUUUUUCCUCUUCUGUAUGUUAGUAGAGACAUUAACUAACCCUCUGGGGCAGGAUCACAGCAGAUGUAAUUCCACAGAUCUCUGUUGAUUUCAGCACAAUUGAUAGUAUCUGAUUUUGUUCCACAUGCAGACAGACCAAUGAGAGAUACUGUACUAAGCUAAUAUGAACUGGUAUCGUUACCAGAUGAGAAAAUCUCUUUGAGAAAUGCAUUGAAAUAAUCAGAAGUUUAGGUCAUAGCAUUGUCUGCAUUGGAAUGUAAUAGUGAGUAUUCAUAGUACUGGAUCUACAGCUAGCUCUAGUUAUUGUUGAGUGCACGAUAGGAAAGAGCUAAGAGAAUUGGCUCUUGUAAAGUAUUAGAGGAUAUACAGGGGUAUCCAAGUACAUGGCUUUUGAGAGCUGGAGAUCAGUGCUGCAACUGAGAUUUUAAGUGGGGUACCCUUUGGUAUUUGCACUGUAAAUGUGAGAUAAAAUGUGAGAGAUACCUCUGUCUUAGUAUAGAUCAGAGGAAGAUAGGUGCUGCAUUUCUUGUUUUGUAUAUUUGUUAUGUUUGUACAUAGCAAACUUGUGUGUGUUGUGGUGUUUUUCUUUUUUUUUUUUUUUUUUUGCAUUUUAAAGGGUCCUUAGUGAUUUCUCAAUAGCAUUAAUACCAUAAUUAAUAUUAGCUUUCAUGGAGCAUUGUCCCUUUGAAACAAUGUGUUCUUUUUCCAGCAAAUAAGUACUUCAGUUAGCAAUUGGUUGAAAAACUGAAAUAACCCAGUGUGAUGUGAAAUAUCAUACAGGAAACAUACGUCCAAAGUGCAUGUGAUCUGGUAAUUUAAUCCACAGCUAUGCAGGCUUGUGUGCAUUCUAAUGAGCAACAUGAAAUUCCCACAAUCAGUGAUCCAUAAUGAAGAGAUUAUUAGAGCUUGUGGAUGUUGAAUAUAUUAAUUCUGUUUCACUGUAGCCUCCAUACAUUGCAUAGAGUUGAGAUCACUAUUGUGACACCAGUAACUUGCAGAGAGGUACCCAAAUGUUUACAAGUGGUGGGAUAAAAAGCUUUGGCGGGGGGAAAAUCUUUAAGUUUUAAUUUGUUUCAGAUUUUAAACAAAUACUCUGAUUUAACUAAGGUUAACAAAAGAACAAAAAAGAAAGCCAGUAAAAGCAUUGCACUGCUCUUCCCCUAGAGGCCUUCCUUAUCACUUUGCUAGCAAACAGGAAAAGGAACAAUAGAUAGGAAAGUGAAAGAAAAGGAAAAGAGCUGGGAAAAAAAAGAAAAGAAAAUUUACAAGGUGAAAGUUACUUCAAAGUGCUCAGACCAUUCUUGGAAAAUAGUCCAUUGAGGGAGCAAAUGUUUUCCUCUAUAGGAAAAGGUUUGGAAGCAAAGACCAGACAAAAAUGCAGUUAGAAAGAUGAACAAGUAUAUGAAUAUUUAAGAGAGAAUUUCUGUGAUGUAUAGAGUGCCAACACUCAUAAAAUCCAUAGUGCUUCAGUUCUUUACCCUAGGUCCAAAUUUCUUCCAACUUCAAGACAGACUGUCAAGAUAUAGGCGUGAGUAACAGUGGGAAAGCUGGAAAAGAUGGAAAAUCAGAAUCAGUAGAAGAGCAGGGAUGUAUUUGAAGAGUAAUAUUAGAUCAGGUUAUACACUACUUAAUUUCAGUAGCUUUAUUAGUGGGACAGGAUGGACAACCAUUAUCGGAACAAGGAGCUGUAACAACGAGCAGGACACUUUAAUUUUGUCUCCUGGGGUGGUUUAAAUUGUCAGCCUAAGGUAAUAUUGUGCAGUUUCUUAGUUACACAGGGCAGCAAGCAAUGUUUAUUCCCUUCGCAUCCUGUGUUACAGUUUCUAGCUGAAAAAGUCCUUAGCCUCAGUAGAGUGAAAGGUAGAGUGAAUAUUCUUCCUUGUUGGGUUAGCUUGUGUAUAAUAGGAGCCAACAGUUGCAGUUAUGUACCCAUUGUGGUCUUCUUAGGCAGCAAGAAGUUGGAAAGACUGAGACAAAACGAAUUUUGCAAGCAGUCUGUACUGCACCCAGCAGAGAGUUUUAAAAAUAAGUGAAUAUAAGCAGGGAUACCUAGCAGUAAAGAAUGGAAACCUUCCUUUCCCGUGGUUUUCUGAUAUUAUGCCAGCAUUAGCGAUGGGUAAACAAAGGCCAGGCAGCGUUACAAGGGCACAGGGAAUCUUCAGGGAGUAGGUACCUAAAAACAAAGUAAGGAUGCCAGAAGCGUAAUAUAACUGUUUCUUUUGAGCUUUAGGGAUCAGUUUCUCCAACUAGAGGUGCAGGAGAAUUGGAUCUGAAGUGAAAUACUAUCACUGUUUCACAAAUGGAGGGCUGAGGCAGAGAGGCAAUUAUUGGUGGGAUUUGGGUGCCAGCUCUCAUUAAUGCAAACCCUGUGAUCUGAGCUAGAUGGACUAUGGGAAAGGGGGGACUAAGUUAUGCUCAACCCAUUUGUAAGCAACUGCAAGCAAACAAGUGAUGUUGUUUCUUUACCGUGGUUAAAUUUAACCCAAUGAAAUAUUUUUACUGAGGAAAGCCUGUUGAACAUUUUCCCCUUUAGCACUGCAAGCUUAAGUCUUUCAGCCUCUUCCAGGAAGGAAGUGAAGCCUUUUCCAUAAUCCUUCUCAUCUGUAACAUUUCAUAAGGCAGUGGGGUCUUUAUGCACUUAAUCAUUUGUUCUUUGCUGGAUUCAUGCCCGAUGUGUAGAUAGAGAAUCAAAAGAUAGACAGGAUGUUUCCCCAGUUCGUUGAAUGACAUAAAAGAGCUGUAAGAAUCUCUAAUGAGUCUUUGAAUGACUGGACCAACACUGUGAAGUAGAAGUUUGUGAAUAGACACUGGGGGCUAAGUUUUCUUGUCUGAUUUGAACGUGGCUUGGCUGGCUUACACCCGAGUGAAUUUGGUCCUUUUUGAAUGCAACUGCUCUUUUCCUUAUGUCUACCUUUGCCUUUUCUGCGUAGUUUCAAGUGCACUGAAUUUUCAACACACUGUUCUGUAGGAAAUUAAUUGCAUGAGUACAGGCUUAUACCCUUUGUUACAGUAGUGACUCGUUCACUCCCUUUCUCCAAUUCUAUUAGUACUUUUCAAGGUAAACGUUUCAAUAUUUUUAGCUGAACUGUAAGCUCAACUUGUGUCUCAAACACAAAAAAGUGUAAGAACAAACACAAAAGUGUAAGAACCCUGUUGGCAUAACAAAGUAAAAUGUCACACUGAAAUGGCAAAGCUGUGGCUUUCGGAGGGGUCAGGAGUUGUAGUGAGCAGGGCCAGGAGCUGCAUGUCGAAGUUCUGAAAUCUGGGUUUAUGCUGAGCUUUGCUCCUGACUCACAUACCUAAUGUCUUCUGUUGUCAGUGAGAGUCCGUAUUUUAAAGCAGUUUUAGAUGGCUAGAGAAGAGAAGGAUUAAGGGAGACACUCCUGAACGUGGUGCAGAAUUAACUUAGUUCAGAAUCACUAGCACUUGUUCGCAGCUGGACAAUUAAAAUGGCUCUGAGAAAGCAGCAUGUGUUUUCUCUCUGAUGUCCUAGGUUUUAGCACCUCUUUUCAGAGCUCAUUCUCCACUGAGAUCUUUAGGCUUAACUUCAGCAUGGGAAGAGGAGUAUUUUUUUUUCUCUUUUUCUGACCUUUACCAAGAUACCAUCUUUUCCCCCUUUUUAAUGGUCCUAAUCCCAUUCUACUGAAAUCUAGCAAGGCUUCCAAAAUACUCGUGGGGAAUCAGAUUCAAGAGUACUUAAUUUUUUUUAAACACUUUUUUUAUUCCAAAGUGAUGUGUUUUGGCUUUGGUACAGCGCAGCGAUACUUUGGAGAUGCAUAGUAAAUGCUCCUGUAAUUAAUACAGUCAUACUUACCAUAUUUAUAAUUUUGCCUCAGGAUAUAUAAUUCUCUUAGUGUCUGAGAAAACCAUUGCUCUGUCUUCAAGGAAUUAGUAAGCAGACAAGUACCUGAAAUGAAUCAGGGGCCAACAAGGAAUAAAGGAGCUCCAGGUAUGCCAUCAAACCUGACAUUGCAGCAUGCCAUAGAGCAACAGCCCUCUUCACUGUGACCUAGAGAAUUUGCAGCCAAAUUAAAACUUCAUUACCAAUUACAGUGCCAAGAUUAAGGAUUGUUAAACUGCCUGAAUAUCAGUUUCAUGUAAAAUGAAUGUAUGACUUGACUGCUAGAUUAUUUUUGCAACAAUGCUAUUCCUGAUCAGGUUCCUAGAACACAACUAUCCUUUACAGGCAAAUCUGGAAGCUGCUUCUAAACUGGGGGAAAACCUACCCCUAAAGCAGAAAAAAACCCUUCCUUCCUUCACCAAGAACUACUAGAUUUUUGAAAUAGAGUGUUGGUACUCUAAAAAAAAUACAAAUUAUUUUCUUACAUUGUGUAUUAAACUUCUUAAUGUUUUCAAACACAGAUAAAAUACAAUGAACUUGGGUCCUUAAAGUUCUGUUGAACUAAUGUAGGAUCAAGAAUUUCUCAUGAUGGUAUUUUCACCUAAAUUAUCUGCCUCUUUUCAAUUAGCUUUUAUUAUUUUAAUGGUCGCUUCUCCUACCCUUGCUUAGUGCUUUGGCCAGGCUCACAUAAUUGCCUAUAUUUUAUGUAAAUAGAAUUGUUACACCGUAAAAUGAUAUACAAAUGUGUCUACCACAUGAAGUCCAGUAAAUGGUGUGAAUAAGCCCAUUAUUUUCAAUGUAACGGCAUCUGAUAGCAGCCUGGGAAACACAGGGCUGACAGAUGUGAGCCUGUGACAAGGCCUGGAAAAAAACUGAAUGAGGAGCACUCUGACAGACCACAAUUAAUUGACUUUUGAAAUAACUCCUUUUUUUCUGCAGUUCUACAUGGCUGAGCAAGAUUCACAAAUUGCUGUCUUGAACUUUUUAAUGGGACAAAAUCGCUGCCAAUGAAAGUCUAAAUAACAUGAACUUUGAAUAGGAGUUGUACAAUGACCACACCAUGACAUGUUUUUAACUGACAUAUUAUUUGAGAAGUAGCAGCCCCUCAAUUAAGAGAGGAUCAGGAAGGGGUGAGAAUAGAUGGGAGGGAGUCAGAACUGGGCAUGGAAGCAGUCUGUUGAACGCUAGCCCAGUCCUAUUUUAAUAUAGGAAGAGAAACAAGCAUUAAGAAAUGUCUUGAUAGAUGUUUUCAUGUGUGUUCCCAGAUAAUUUGCAGUCCCCUUCCACUGUUCCUUUUACUGUGAAAAAGUCAUAAAGCUAAAUGAAGAGAAAACGAUACUAGCAGAUAAGAAAACAGACUGUGUAUGAGUAAGGUGCAUGCUGGCUUCUCCACGUUCAGUAUGUGUUCCAGAGCCAGGCUGUUGUCAGUCACAUUUACAUUGGGAGCAAGAUACUUUAUUUGUAUUGGAAUUGAGUAAGCUUUGGACGCUUAGGCCAAACUGUGGCAGAUCUAACUGACCUCUUAAUCCCAAGAACAUCGUGGGGCAAGUAGUUAGUGAAGGGAAGAUGAGGACUGUAUUUUUCCUUAAUUAAUGUGAAUUACAGCAUUCCUACUGUCUGCCUCUCCUGAUCUAGCAGUAUCAUAACUGACUCUCUAGGAACUCUUCACAGAAUUUAUUCCUAGAAACCUUCAUCAGCUACGCUCGUUCAGAGAAAAGUGGCAAAGUCAAUUUGUAACUCGUUUUAUGGGUGCCUUUGUUUUGGCUAAUUUUAAAAACUUUAUUGAGCUGUCUGCUUUCCACUGGUCCUAGGGAGAGGCAGAUUGCAAGCAACAAGCCCUUUAGUUGACCUUGCUGACUGCUAUUAGGAAUCUCAGAAUAUACUGAUUUGGAAGGGACCCUCAAGAAUCACUGAGUCCAGCUCCUGGCUCCACACAGGUCCACCCAAAAAUCAACCCCUGUGUCUAAGAGCAUUGUCCAAAUGCUUCUUGAACUCUGGCAGGCUUGGGGCCAUGACCACUGCCCUGGGGAGCCCGUUCCAGUGCCCAACAGCCUUCUCAGCAAAGAACCUUCUUCUGAUAUCCAACCUGAAUCAUCACCCAUUGCCACUUCCCGGCAUCACUUGAGCUAGCAGAUACUAGAGAUCAUCUAAGGUUUUUUUAAACAAUCCCACUGCACAUACUUAGUUCUUAAUUGUUAUCUUCUUCCAACUAGUGACAUUUUUGCUUACCUGAAAAGGUCUCUGCAGGUUCGUUUGUUGGAGAGGAUGUUCAUCUCAUCCUCAGCUAGGAUAACCCAUUACCAGUAAAGGGUGCAUAGCUCAGAUGAAGGAGUCAGAGAUAGUUCAGGCAGGUGUCUCAAUCCAGAGGACACCACAGCACAUGCAGCUCUUGUCCUUUUCUGUCUUCCCCAAUUCUUGUCUAACUUACUGAGUUGUACAAAUAACUGGUCUCCUUUUGCAUAUGAUAGCAUCUAUUUCUGCCUUCUUUACUGCUUAUUCCAACUUUGAGCACUGAACAAAAUACCUAGAGUUAGAGUUUACCAAGAAUAUUUAUUGAAUUCAAAAUAUCAGUUCAUUCACUUGAAAAUUGAAAAGAUCAGCAACAGUCAUCUUCUAAAAAAUGUAUAGGCACAACAAUAAAGCAGAUGGCAUAAAAUCCAUGUCUACUGCCCUGACAAGGAUGUCUAGCUGAAACAUCUAUAUCAAAUAGCAUAUAGCGUACAUACUGAAGCACAUGGCUGAUACCAGUACAAUCAUCAGGUUUGUACUUACAUAAGCAUUUAUUUUUCUAACUGCAGUAUUUUACUGAUGUAUUUCAUUGAAGAGAUUAAAUUAAUGCAGAUUAGGGCAUUCAGUGGGCAAGCGUUUAUCCAGUUACCAUCAUUUACACAUUAAUAUGCAAAUCAUUCCACAUAUUUAGGGCUUUAUUAACACCAGAAUUAGUUCUCUUCCUAUACUGGAUAAUCAGUUUCUUUGCAGUAUUAAAAAGAGAAGUGUAAUUGAAAUUUAUGCUCAUGUCUACAUUUCAUUUACAAACCAGUACAGCGUUGAUACUCUUACUGGCUGAGUAAAACCACUUCAGUUGUUAUUAUUUAUCAUGCUGUAACUGAUAUUUUAUUCUAAUGAUAUAUAUCUGCCCCACCAUUUUUAUGUAUGCAAAGGAUAUCUUCUCUGAAGCUAAGUGAAAUACCAGUUUUCAGAAGCGUGACAACCCAGUUGUGCAUUUCUCAUUUUGUUCCAAAUUAACUGACCCUCAUUCUACUAUUUUGAUUCAUUCAAAACACAAAACCAAAAUAAACAGGAAUCACUAGCGUGGGGACAGGCUUUUUUCACUUCCCAUCGUAAACCAGAACAUGUCUUAAUGUGUUACAUACCCAUGUCACAUUUAAAGAAUCUACCCUUAUCCAGUGUGGCAGAGUAAGAACUCUUCUCUCAUUGGCUUGAACACAGAAUCAUAGAAUCAUUUAGGUUGGAAAAGACCUCUGAGAUCAUCAAGUCCAACUGUUGAGUGUCACUCCAGACUAUGUCUAAAGAAGCCCAAAGACUUUAAAGGUUAACACCGACACCCCUUUGAAAGUCAAAGAGCAAGCAACAGAAGAUGAGAAGAGGUGGACUUUCUCCACUGCACAAGCUGCUGAAGCACUUUUUUCCCCCCCAUGAAGAAGGGGAUAGUGUACUCCUUCAGCACCCCACUGAGUGGGUCUGCAGCCCUAUACUAUGGUGAGGCAGCUAAAGGGACAAGAUUUCUCAGACCAAACUGCUCGUGUCCCCACAGCUGACAAACUGGAACUGCAGAAAAAAAAAAGCUUUCAGUGCACUUCUUGCUUCAAACAGGACACACCCUCCUUCCUCACCUUUCAAAAUGUUUUGCUUAAUUUGACAGUUUUAGUGCUGACUGUGCUUUGGAAGGCUGAGACUCCUGAGACAGGACAACCGCUCCAAAGACAGCCAUUACACUUUUAGAUCCAGCAACAAUUCCAUAUCCCAUUCUGGUCAAACAGAUAGACACAUCCUAUUGGACUUAGGCUACCUGCGACAAUGUACUGAGAGUUUACAAACUAAGUAAACGGAGACAUCAAAGCCUAAAUCCCUACAAGUCUCCCACUUCAAUUGAUAUGAAAUGUAGUCAGAGAUUCUUUUGAGCAUUCCAACAAUUUCCUUUCAAACUGUCAGCUGUAGCUUCGUGUUUUAUUUCUCAGUGCAUAUUUCUCAGUCCUAUCAGAGUCCAGGAAUUUUCUCUGUUCUUCAUGGCCUACUCCAAGAAAUUAGAGCUAGCAUGGUAAGUCCAGAGAUGUCACCAAGAUACAGGCCCAACAACUAUGAGAUCCAAGUACCAUGGUUGCCUACCAGUUCUUUUAAAGUUGUAAUUAAGAAAUGCAGAGGUGCAGAGUCCUCCGCACAUGGUGAGAACUUCUGGAGACAUACUACAACCCAAAGGAAAGAACACCAGGAGAAUUAGAAAUCCAUUCCAGUGGGGGUUGAAGUGUAUUCUCCUUUGUGCUAAUUCCCUCUCUGUUUCGAAAGACUCCCCUGUGUGCAGGCUUCACGCACAGAGGGAAUAUUCUCUAUGUACUGUGCUCCUCAAAUCAGAGUUCCAGUAACAUAACACACUGUAGGAAAUCCAGUCUCUACUAACUAAGCAACU